CAAGUCAGCAGCAGGCAAGCGGAGACUCUUUCGGCUUGUGUGUGUAAAAUACACUCCCAGCUUCAAAGAGAAUCAGUGAAAAGAAAAAAAGCGCUUCAAAGAGAAAGAAAGAAGCCAUGAAUGCUCCCGACCGCUACGAGAGAUUCGUCGUUCCAGAGGGCACUAAAAAGGUUUCUUACGAGGGAGACACGAAAAUCAUAAAUGCGGCGUCGUUUACUGUAGAGAGAGAGGAUCACACAAUUGGCAAUAUUCUUCGCAUGCAGUUGCACAGAGACGAAAAUGUCCUCUUUGCUGGCUAUAAACUUCCUCAUCCUCUCCAGUAUAAAAUUAUUGUUAGGAUUCACACGACUAGCCAGUCUUCACCUAUGCAAGCAUAUAACCAGGCCAUCAAUGAUCUAGACAAGGAACUUGACCAUUUGAAGAAUGCAUUUGAGGCUGAGAUGGCAAAGUUUUCUCAGGAUUACUAGCAUGCAACUCUUUCAAGGACCAGAGUGAAUGGAUAGUCGGUUGAUUAUGCUUGCUGGAAAUCAGAAGAAAGAGUGAUUUUGAUGAGACUUUGUGUUGUUGGUUGUAAACUUGUGCAAAACAGUGCAUUAAAUGUGAUGAGAGAUGAACAUAGCUCAAGUUUAAGUGUAUUUAAGAUGACAUUCUCAUUUUGAGCUAUUUUGAAAGAUGAAGACUUGCAAGGUUAAGAGUAUAAUAGAAGAUCUAUAAUUGUCUACCUAUCAUCUUCCUCCCAAUGACUUGUUCAUCUACAAUGACUUGACAAUAGCUUCUUUAGCCACUGCACGAGUUCAUGGAGGUAGUCUUGCUUAUCUUUGGCAAUGGCAUCUGUCCUCCCUGAUUUUCAUAAUCUUUUGACCCUUCUUAUAACAAUAAGCAAUUUGAUUGGAAGGCGAAAAGAGAAGGCAUACCUCCUCGGAAGCUUGCUUACCUCCCACUGCUUGGUAAUGCAAAGCUUCGGUGGAGAAGUCAUCAGCAUCUAAACAGCUUCUUUUAGCAUCCAGAGCCAGUUCUUGACCUGAUUAUUCAAGGCAGGUUUCUCCUCUGUAUCGAGAAGCACAGCUUGGAUCUUGGGGAGUGUGCUUUUUCAGUUUCUCAAGUUCAUGAUUGACACCCUACCACAACCCAAUCUGUCGGAGAACUCCCGAGCCCAGUUUCUUGAUGAUGUCUCCAGCAAAUCGAAGAGAACCUCUGCUGCCAUUUUUUGGGAGAAAAGUGUGGAUGUGUGGAAGUGUUUUGUGAUUGCAAAAGAGUCCAAUGCUGUGAAGAUCUUUGGACUUUAAUCCUUCUGAAUUACAUUUGAAAUAUUUGCACUUAAUUAUGGAAAGAAACAGUUUUAUAUGCUC